AAUCUGUUGCAAAUUCAUACUUUUUUAAAAAGCUACUAAAUAAUUUUUAAGAGUAAAAUAAAGAAAUUAAAAAAAAAAAAAAAGAAAGAUCAAGUUAAUGUAAAAAAAAAAAAGAAAAAAAUAGCAAAUGAUAUCUGCUUGGUGUAAUGGCUACUAAAGAGCAGAUGGUGAAACAAGCCAUGUAUAGCAGCAAAAAAUUUCUCCAAAUCACUCUGAUUUUAUUGAUCAAUGUCAAGUAUUCAUUUUCAAUGACUUUAUAUGGAGAAAGAAAGAAAGAUGAUUGGAUGCUAAGAAAAGGAGGAUUGGAUGCUACAAAAAGCAUUUUAGUAGCAAGAGAUAUGGAACCAAAAACAUUAAAAUACAAUAAAACUGAAUUUGAAACAUUUUUGAAAAACUUUACAGAAAAUGAAAAUCUUAUAGCAAAUGAAAUUUCAAAAUUUAGCGAAAAUAAUAUGUUGAUAAACUUUAAAGAGCUCAGAGACAAAAAAUGGAAAAUUCAAAAACGAUGUUUUUGCUACGGAAACAGUUUAAUGCAUCAUAUUUGUGAAGCACAUAAUAAAAUGCAUGAUUUUGGUCAUCACGCUCACGAUGUUAUGGAUCACUUUGGAGAUAGAGCUCAUGAGACUAUGCAUGAAUUUGGACAUCAUGCUCAUGAGUUAAAAGAUAAUUUUGGUCAUGAUGCUCAUGAGAGAUUAAGAGAAUUCGGACAUGAAGCGCAUAAUACAAAAGAUCAUUUUGGUCAUCAUGCUCAUGAGUUGAAAGAAAACUUUGGUCACGAUGCACAUGAAAAAUUAAGAGAGUUUGGACAUGAUGCACACAAUACAAAAGAUCAUUUUGGGUGCGAUCAACAUGAAAUGCUUAAUAUGUGGCAUCAAUGUGGGUGUGUAAAAAAGAGCAAAAUAUCAAAAACUUUAAAACACUUUAUGGUACCAAAAAAAUCAUUCAUUAAUAAUUUUUGCAGAGAUGGUAGAUGUAAUAAUAACUAUGAUAAAACUAUAAAUUAUGACAAAAUUCCUUUUGAAGCUUACAACAGAGACAACUACUUUAAUCCAAAUCAAGAUGAAAAUUUAAAUGAGCAACAAAAUUCAGAUAAUAUUUUUGAUGAUCGUAGAUUAGAAAAUGCAGCUUUUGGUCACGAUUCAACUGAUAAACCUGGAGAAAUCUCUAGAGAGCAUCAAGAUAACUUUGAAGAAAAUAAACAUGGUAACUUUGAUCAAUAUGAGAGAGAAAACUAUAAUCGCCAUAGAAAUGAGAGAAAAGAUGACUUUGAACAUCCACAACAAUAUGAUGAACGAAAAAAGCAAUAUGAAGAUGAUGAGAUUGAUCAUUAUAAUGAUCUUUCCGAGAACAAAAAUAAAGAUUAUAUUGGAAAUGAAGAUCAUAGAAGUAGUUUUGCAAAUGAUGAUUCAGACCAUGUUGAAAAAGAUCCAUAUGCAACCAUUGGUAAUAAUGAAAAUGAAGAAAAUCCACUCAAAUCAGAAGAUAGUGAAAACGAAAAAGAGCAAGAUAAUUCAUUUGGCGAAAAUCAGCAUAAAAAUAAAGCUAACUUUGGAGAAAAUUCUCACAAUAGACGCAAACAUUUUGGAGAAAGAGAACACGGGAACAAACAAAGAUUUGGGGAAAGUCAACAUGCAAAUAAAGAACGUUUUGGUGAAGAAGAACAUUACAAUCGAGAACAUUUUGGCGAAGAAGAACAUAAUAGUCGAGCACACUUUGGCAAAAAAGAACAUAAAAAAAAGGAACGAUUCGGAGAAAGUGAAAAUGAAUUUAAAAACCAUUUCGGUGAAAAGGCCCAUGAAAAGCAAAACAAUUUUGGUGAACAGGAACACAAGUAUAAAGAGGAGUUUGGUAAAACAGCCCAUGAAAAUCAAGCUCAUUUUGGUAGAGAAGCGCAUUCUUCUAAAGAACAUUUCGGAGAAGAAGAACAUGAAAACAAAGAAAAUUUUGGACGAGAAGCUCACAUGAGUAGGGAACACUUUGGAGAAAAUCAACACGAAAAAAUGAAACACUUUGGAGAUAAAGCACAUAAGAACUUAGAAAACUUUUAUAUCAAAAGUAAAGAACAGCAUAAAAACAAAGAACAUUUCGGAGAAAAAGAACAUGAUAACAAAAAACAUUUUGGAGAAGAAGCUCAUAAAACAAUGGGAAUGUUUGGAAAAUCUGCACAUGAAAAAAUGAAAAACUUUGGAUUACAAGCUCACAAAAAUCUAGAAAUGUUUGGUGUAAAAGAUUUUCAAAGUUUUCUCAAUACAAGAAAUAUAGUUGUAAAAUCAAUAAACAAAAAUAAAAACAGAAAAAAAAAAAAUUGUGUGAGAUCAAAAUUUAAUACUCGCACAUACCAUGAUGAACCAUGCUAUGAUGAUGGUGAUGAUGAUGAAGAGGAUAAUGAUAAUGAUGAUGAUGAGAAUGAGGAAUAUGAAAAUAGAAAUGAUGAACAUAAAAGUUCAAGUUUAAAAGACCAUGAAUAUAAUGCAAAAGAAAGAAUGGAACAUUUUGGUGAACACGCUCAUGAGCAUAAAGAUGAAUUCGGCAUAGAGCAACAUAAAACACUUGCUAACUUUGAACAUAUAUCAAGAGACCACCGAGAAGAGGAAGCAAAAAAACAACGAGAGCAUUUUGGGGAACAGCAGCAUGAAAAAAAAAAACAUUUUGGUGAGGGUGAUCCUGAGUAUCAUAGUAGAUGUGCUCACGAUAAAUUAAGAAAUUUUGGUAAAUUUGCACAUCACUAUGGAUGUGGAAUUAAUUUUGCUCAAUACAGAAGUAAAAUAGAAAAUGCUGUAAAACAAAAAACAAAUCAACAAAAACCUUAUUACAGAAAAUACAAGCCAAAGUUAUGGCCUGAAUAUCCGCAAGUGUUUAAAAAUGAAAAAUCUCAAACUUCAAAAAACAAAACAAACAGCAAUAAAAAAAUAUCUAUUGGUAUAAAAAUUAAUAAACCAAACACAUCAGAAAAUAAUUUUAUUAGUCUCCUAAAACAAAAUAAUUGUGAUUUUUGUGAAAAUGGGGCACUUUGUGUAACUGAACCUGAUCCAAUUAAGUUCACCUGUUAUUGCCCAUAUAACUAUGAAGGAAAUCGAUGUGAGAUUUACUCACCACAAAAAAAAGCAUGCAGUCAAAAUACCUGCUAUAAUGGAGGAAGAUGUGAAGAACGACCAAACAAAAAAGAAAAAUUUCAUUGUUAUUGCUUAAGUGGAUGGCAUGGUCAACAGUGCACUGAAAAAGACAUAAUGGAUUGGUCAAAGUGGUAAUAUUUGUCUAAAACAUACUUCAGAAAAAAAUCUAAAAAAACUAAUAACAAGUAAAAACAAAUAACAAAUACAAUAACAAUGUAAUAUAGUACAAUACUCAGGUAAAACAUAUUAGGCUCUUUUAGCAAUUUUUAGCAAUCAUAUAGAAAUUAUUUAGAGAAUACUUUUGUACAUAAAUUUUUUUAAAUUAAAAAUAUAAAUUUACAUUUUUUGAA